AGCUUCAUCGGCCACCGUAUCCAGCUGUGAAGGAGGCUAAAGCUAAGCUAGCUGCAGGGUCACUGAAGUGUGUUGUCACUGAUUACAACCCGCAGUGUGACGUCACAGAUGUUGUGUGUUCCUGCUCCUGUAGAAUCCAGUGAACGUCAUCACCGAAGAUCUGAGACAGGACGUCGGUGGUUCUGUGGAGCGUCAGUUAGCUCCAGGCUAACUCCAGGCUAACUGCAGCUAACUCCAGCUAGCUCCAGGCUAACUGCAGGCUAACUGCAGCAGGUGGACUCUUCUCUGAUCGAUCGUUGAACUCUGAGGAUUUUACAACCAGCGAUGUUCAGCCUCAGAUCAGCUGUCAGCAAAUACCGAGGUUUGUGGACCUCCAGCCAGUCUGUGGUCAGAGCCAUGUCGUCUUCAGGCGGUCCCACGUCUCCGUUCACCACGCUCGCCGUCAGUCACCCGGCCAAGUCCGUCACACAUGUGGAGCUUCAUCGUCCUGACAAACUCAACGCCAUGAACUCAGCGUUCUGGAGUGAGAUGGUGGAUUGUUUUAACGAUCUCGCCGCAGACCCAGACUGCAGAGUCGUGGUCGUCUCUGGAGCAGGGAGGCUCUUCACAGCUGGUAUUGAUCUGAUGGACAUGGCCGGCGACGUGCUCCAACCUCAGGGCGACGACGCGGCCAGAAUCUCCUGGAACCUCAGAAAAAAGAUCGCCAAGUAUCAAGAGACAUUCUCCGUCAUAGAGAAGUGUCCAAAGCCUGUUGUCGUGGCCGUGCAUGGAGCCUGUAUCGGAGGAGGUGUCGACCUGAUCACAGCCUGCGACAUCCGCCUGUGCACCCAGGACGCCUGGUUCCAGGUGAAGGAAGUUGAUAUUGGACUUGCAGCAGACGUUGGGACGCUGCAGAGACUCCCCAAAGUCAUCGGCAGCCGCAGCCUCGUAAACGACUUGGCUCUGACGGCCAGGAAGAUGUACGCAGAUGAAGCUAAGAGCAGCGGCCUGGUCAGCCGAGUGUUUGCAGAUAAGGAGGCCAUGAUGUCCGGGGCGGUGGAGAUGGCCGAGGAGAUCGCCGGACGAAGUCCUGUCGCUGUGCAAGGCACCAAAAUCAACCUCAUCUACUCCAGAGACCACAGCGUGGCAGAGGGACUGGACUACAUGGUAACAUCCCCACAUCCCUGCUCAGCAUCAUCCUGCCUCGGUCACUGGAUCUCACUU